AUGUCUGUGAUACACCCAAAUACAAACAAGUAUAAUUUCAAAUUUGAACCAUUUUUGAAGCAAGAAUAUCAUUUUACUAGAGAUCCAGAUAGACCAAUAUGCCCACAUUACGACCCAAAGGUGGGGCCCAUCUCGUGCCCCAACGGUGAUUCCUGUCCUAAUAAGCAUAUACUAGCAAAUUUUCAGAAUAAAAUAGUGUGUAAGCAUUGGUUACGUGGGCUAUGUAAGAAAAACGACCAAUGUGAAUUUUUACAUGAAUAUAAUCUUAGGAAGAUGCCAGAAUGUGUAUUUUACGCAAAGAAUGGUUAUUGUACACAGACUCCAGAAUGUCAGUAUCUGCACGUGGAUCCCAUUAGUAAGAUACCGCGCUGUGAGGCUUAUGAUCAAGGGUUUUGUUUCGACGGUCCAAAUUGUAAAAAGAGACAUGUUAAGAAGCUUGUGUGUCAGAGGUAUCUGAACGGGUUCUGUCCCCUGGGGAGGGACAACUGUGAAUUUGAGCAUCCCCAAUUUAACGAUUUUAUUCUUAUUGAUGAAGCUUUGAAGAGACGAUAUAAGAUUAGGAGAGAUUACGAAAUUAAUACAAGGAAAAUGGAUGAAGAAAAAGAGAAAAGACUGAAUGCAAUCAUUAAUGGUGAUCUCAACAAUUAG